AUGAUAGUGGUUGGAGGUGGUAUCUCCGGAAUCUGUGCAGCAAUUGCGGCAGCUGAGAACGGUGCAUCAGUCAUUGUCCUUGAUCGUGCCUAUGGCGGAGGCGCAUCAGCUAUCUCAGCAGGUGUGAUCUAUGCCGGGGGCGGCACGAAACAGCAAAGUAGGGCAGGUUAUGGGGACGACUCUCCUGAGAACAUGUAUCAGUAUCUUCGACAUGAGGUUGGAGAUGCCGUAGAUGAUGCAACGUUGAGGAGAUUCUGUGAGGAAAGUGCUCCGAAUAUGGAAUGGCUUGAGAGGCAUGGAUGCCAGUUUGACAGUAACGAGAAGGCCUAUCCGUUUGCCCACCUGGCAAAACCAGCACCUAGAGGCCACAAACCAGUAGGCAAGGGCUCUGGCGGGAUGGGAAUGACAGGCGCAGACCUUUGGCAAGCUCUAUUUGACUCAGCUUCGCGACUGGGGGUAAAAUUUGAGCCGGCAAGCAGGGUCACAGAGAUCCUCAUGGACAGUGGUGGCCGAGUGAACGGCGUCCACUACUCAACCCUCGCCAACGGGCCAUGGUGGGCCGUAAGGUCCUAUAAGUGGCUAUCCAAGGCAGCUUUGAAUUAUCAAGCUACUUUUCAGCCAUUGUCAAGUUUUUUAGACUGGAUUGCGGAGUUUAUCUUCGUAAGAGGUGCCCAUGAAGAGAGAUUGGGGUCUCCCACCGUUGUAUUGGCUGCCGGCGGGUUUAUCAUGAACAAGGCAAUGACCCAAGAAUUUGCGCCGUGGGCUCGAAAAACGGCAACCCUGGGGACCGUUGGUGAUGACGGAAGCGGUAUUCGACUCGGCCAGUCUGUUGGCGGCAGUAUCUCCCACAUGGAUCGCAUAUCAGCAUGGCGGCUAUUGUAUCCCCCCGAAAGUCUACUGGAAGGAAUCAUUGUUUCCCAGAGCGGUGAAAGAAUUGCAGCUGAGGACCUGUACGGUGGCUCUUUCACUGACAUCAUGAUUGAGCGUUCAGACGGACAAGGCUUUCUGAUCUUGGACUCGGUGCAAUGGAAAAAGAUCAGUGAUAGCAACUGGACCAUUCUAUGGUAUCGACGUAUCCCUGCGGAGUUCUGGAUUGUUAAUGGUUCCAGCACUGACAUUAGGAGGUCUUCGCGUCGACGGCAGAUCAGGGCUAGUGCUAAACAGAGCUGA